UCCAGAUACAGUUCAUUCAUUCUUGUGUAUUUAUACACAUCUUUCGUACAAUUUUUGAAGGAAAAAAAAAAUCUCUUAGUACAAAAAACACCUACUACUAGUAGUUGAAAGUGAAAAGAAAAAAAAGGACGAAACUCCUGACAAGAGGGUGAGGAAAUCCAAGAGUCAAAUCAUACAGAAACAGGGCGUUGGCUCGUCCGUUGGAAAAACAUUUUCACUCACCAAAAUUGACUUUAAGAAGAAACAGACACUUCACUUGAUUAAUCUAAACUCCACCUGAGAUGAGAAGUAAUAAGUCAGAAACUCCUCCUCCUAACUACUACUAAUAGUUUAAGCUACCUUUUCCUUGCGUCAAAGAGGAGUUCUCUGGAGAGAGAGAGAGGGAGCCGAAAAACGGCAGAAGAAGAACUGGAGACAUAGACGACAAGUAGUUUCAUCCCUCGCAUCGCUGGUCGCACAACAGUCUCACAACCCACGGACUCCUCCUUCAUACACACUAUCCUUUCCCCAAAAGCAGCGUACAUCUCGAAACUCAGAAAUCAGAAAGGGCAACAUACUGUGAAGCAGAUUCCUCAAGGUCUAUGCAUGUGAUUGAUUCCCAUACUGCUGCACAUCACAACUAAAAAUUAUCUAUCGGAGUUUGAUGAUGAUUUCGCCCAGGCAAAGAUUCAAAAUUGAAUACCCAAGUCACAAGAAUGAAGAGCCUGGGAAAGAGGGGAGGUCCCCAACAUGAUCUAUAUUCUUCACUGACAGUAUCAUCAUCUCUGUCAUCAUUUUAAGCUCGCAACUGGGAUUUCUAUCCCACUCCAUGCAACUGCAGCAGCACCAGCAACAUCCAUUUUUCAUCGUAUGGCCAUACAAGACGUUCCAGGGUCCAUGGGGACCAGCGCCAGCUUUAUUUUGAGAUUGGGCCAGGCUAUCUUUUCCUCUGCUUCUCUUCUCUCCAUGUCUUUGGGAGUCGACUUUUACAGCUAUACUGCCUUUUGUUUCUUGGUAACAGUCAUGGGUCUGGUCAUUCCGUGGAGCUUCACUCUAGCUCUGCUGGAUGGAUACUCCAUACUGGUCCAAUGCCCUGUUAAGCAGCUGGGGAUAUUGCUGGUCAUUGUUAUAGGUGAUUGGGUUCUAUCAAUCCUCACAUUAGCAGCAGCUAGCUCUACAGCCGGUAUCGUGGAUCUCUUGCUCCAGGCCGAUGAGUCUUUCUGUCCUCCCCAGUAUUGCAGUAGAUAUCUGAUCUCUGCCUUGUUGGCCUUCUUAUCUUGGAUCUUCUCUCUAGCAUCUUCACUUUUUAAUCUUUGGCUACUUCCCUCUCUAUGAUUUGUAUAGCUGGUCCUACCAUCAGACAUCAACAAUUACUGUCUGCAGUAGCAUUUGCUACUACUUUUUCUUCCUUGCUAUUUUUAUAUCUUACAAGUAGAGGAUUCUGACAAAGUUGACAGUAUGUACAGACAAAGCUUCAAGUAAAAGUCAUACGACAACUUAAGGCGUUUGAUCUUUAUUUGAUUCAUUUGUGCAAGUACAGAAGCAUUACUAAUGGGUUGAAAGGCCAGACUAUGACCAGAAUGAACAGUAGAAUUUUGCGUUUGUUCUGAAAUAAACUUCAUUUUAUCCUA